GUCGAGAUCUAUACAACUUGAAGAUGGUAAAGCCUGUCAAAUUGUCAAUGGGAAUCUUUGUGACCUGUCAACAAGUCAAAGAUUUUUGGCAUGCGUUGGCUCCUUGGCCUCCUUGGCCAGUAGACUUCCGCAAGGCUGCCACAGACAAUAAUCACGCAGUUGUGGUGGUCACCGCCCGGACGUUUCUUUCAGCCUUUCCAUCAUCGACUGUCCUUCUCCAUUCUUAUCGUGCAUCUACCGAACAACCACUGAUCAUCCCACAAGCUGUCCAACCAACAAGACCUGAGCCAUCAAGAUUAUCCGACACCACCACCCGUUAAGUAUCAAAAAUGCCUCUCUCCCAACACACCGCCCUCCCCCACGUCGCCAACGCCUUCGGGACCAUCUUCAUCGGAUUCGGGGUCAACGCUCUCCUCCGCCCCGAGCACGCCUUGACCUUCUUUGAAUGGGCACCGCCCACCACUCUCCCCGAGCGACAACUGGUCAACAGCCUCGUCCACAUCUACGGUGUGCGCGAUAUAUUCAUGGGUCUUGCCAUCUACGCCGCCUCCUUCUACGGCACCAGGAAGUCGCUCGGGUGGACGUUGCUGGCUGGUAGCGCGGUGGCCUAUGCCGACGGGGCGGUUUGCUGGACGUGGGGACAAGGACAAUGGGGUCACUGGGGCAGUCUACAGACGAUGGCGCAAAUCUCUGGUAAUAUAACCAGCAGCAGGAAUGGCAAUACUCCCAGCAGACAGCAUACCACAUUCGAUGGAAUAUCUGACCCGACCAAUGCGCAGGGGGAAACCGAGUACCCAACGGGCACCAAAUUCUGGCUGCUCAUGCUCACCCUGGCUGCGGUGCUUAUUCUGAUCAGCAUCGACAUGAACAUCGUUGCCACAGCCGUCCCCGGUAUAACCGACCAUUUCCACACCAUUGCCGAUGUGGGCUGGUAUUCUUCCGCCUUCCGGCUCUGCCAGUGCGCCUUCCAGUUUGUUUUUGGCAGAGCGUACCAGCUCUUCUCCAUCAAGCGUGUCUUUCUGCUUGCCAAUGUCAUCUCGACAGCAGGCUCACUGCUCUGCGGGGCGGCAGCAACUUCACCCAUGCUGAUCGUGGGAAGGGCAGUCACCGGCCUCGGCACGGCGGGCUUACUAUCUGGAUGCUUCGUGAUCCUCGUCCACUCCACACCCUUCCGCAGACGGCCCAUGUUCACGGGGAUAAUGAGCGCCAUCGAAGGACUAGCCACCCUCUCCGCACCCCUCUUAGGCGGAGCAAUCGUGCAGUCCCUCGGCUGGCGCUGGUGCUUCUACCUCAACGUGCCCAUCGGCGCUGUCACUCUGUUCUUAACGAUGUGCUGCUUCUCUGACCCGCCCAAGCCCGACAACCUCGCCCGCCUAACCCUCAAGCAAAAGAUCUCGCAACUCGACCUCCUCAGCAACCUGCUCUUCAUCCCCGCCCUAACCAGCCUCUUCCUGGCCUUCUCCUGGGCCGGAACCAAAUACCCCUGGUCCAGCAUCCCCGUAAUCGCACCCCUCGUCACUUUUACCCUCCUCAUGACCGCAUUUAUCUACAACCAACACCGCCAAGGCACCACCGCCGCCCUGCCCCUCCGGAUCCUCAAACACCGCAGCAUCAUCGCCGGCAGCAUCUUCAUCGCGUGCGGCAACAGCACCGGCAACGUCCUCGAAUACUACCUGCCGACCUACUACCAAGUCGUGCGGGGCUACACCCCCGCCCAGAGCGGGUACAUGAUGCUCCCCAUCAUCAUCGCAGGGACCGUCGGUGCACUAGUCCACGGCUUCGGAACCAGCCUCUUGGGCUACUACGCCCCGUUUAUGAUUGCAGCCUCAAUCAUCAUGCCCGUCGCCGCGGGGCUGAUCACCACGUUCGAAGUCAGCACCAGCCUGGCGCAGCUGCUCAUCUACACCGCUUUCUCGGGGCUAGGAUACGGCAUCGGAUUCUCCGGACCACAAAACGCCGUACAAACCGUUCUGCCACCGGAGGACGUCCCGCUGGGCACGUCGGUGAUGCUGUUCGCGCAGUCGUUCGGGCCGGCGGUGGCGGUGGCGAUCGCGCAGGUGCUGUUCGUGAACCAGCUGGCGCAGAAUCUGGGGAGUGUGUCGCCCGGGCUCAGUUCGGCGGAGGUAGAUCGGAUGGGGUUGACGCAGAUCGUGACGGGGUUAUCUCCGGACAAGGCGGCAGAGGCGCGCCGGGCAAUCGAUCGGAGUAUCGUCCAGACGUGGUAUUUGGUGGUGGGGCUGGCGUGCGCGACGGGGGUGGGGAGUCUGGGGAUGGAAUGGCGGUCGGUCAAGAAGACGAGGCGGGAGUAG